AUGCCCAAAUCCAGUAAAAUCUCAAAUGCUCACUUAUUUGUCUUGAUUCAUGGUCUUUGGGGUGCUCCCUCUCAUAUGAGGUCUAUCGAGAAAAUCAUUUUAAAUACUUUGCCUGUCAUUAAUAACGAAAAAAUCGUAACCUUUAAACCUGCUACCACUGCUUUUUUUAAAACCUAUGACGGUUUGCAUAUAAUUUCUUUAAGAGUCCUAUCCGAAAUUUUCUCAGAGAUUCUCUUCUUAUACACUGAAAAAAAUCUAAAAAUUGUCAAAAUAAGUUUUAUUGGUUAUUCCCAUGGUGGUUUAAUAUCAAGAUAUUUAAUAGGUUUAUUGUAUAAUUUAAAAUUUUUCAACUCAAUUGCUCCAAUUUAUUUUACCACUUUUGCCACUCCUCAUCUUGGUAUCAAAUUUUAUUCUUCUUUUAACCAUAAUAAACCAUUAAACACUAACCAUAUUAACGAUAUUAACAAUAUUAGCAAUAUUAACAACAUUAGCAAUUUUAAUAAUUUUAAUAACUUCAACUUCAAUUUCUUAAAAAUCGCCUUCACUAACACUCUCAAUUUCUUGGGUCCUAUUUUUUUAAACCUAUCUGGCAAUGAAUUGUUCCUUAACAAUGAUAUCUUACUAAAUUUAUCCUCUCCAGAUGAUAUCUAUUUUAAGGGCUUGAAAUCUUUUAAAAAAUUCUAUUUACUAUCAAAUAUUAAAAAUGAUAGAACCGUAUCUUUCUAUACCUCUUACAUUGUGAAUAUAUCUCCCUUUAAUAAUUUAAACAAUUUAAAUUUA